AUGUGCAAAAAACUAAUUAUCAAUACCGAUAAAGUAGUCUCCAGGCUUAUCGUCAUGACUGAGGUUGCAGCACAUCUUCAAGCGCGCAUCGUAUCUGGAAAACAACGUGCUUAUACUCCUAAGCGCAUACGUUUAGCGUUUCCCUUUUGCCUUUGGUUCCCCUUAACGAAAUACUUUUUGUGGGUAGUCCUUCAACUGCAUUCGGUCAGCAUUCCAUGUUUCCACUAA